UUUUUUUUCAAUUUUAGAUUUUCUAGGAUUCAACACAAUAAUGUACAUAUGUUACGACAGAGAAAACAAUAUUUUAAAUUAUUUCCAAUACUUCUGCUUGCCAUUAUCUUUUUUCUCUUAGCCAAUUUUUUACUUAUGAUUAUGCUUGAAAUGCCAUCGAACAAAAACCUCAACAAUAAAACCAAAAACAACGACAAACAUCAACUUUGCCUUCUUUUCCCCUUUAAAAAUCGCUGGGAUUUAGCACAAUUUACUCUACCAAAAAUAGAUGUCUUUCUAAAAUCUCAAUUAAUAAAUCUUUCAAAAUUUAUAAUUAUUAAUCAAACAGACAAUUUACGCUUUAAUCGUGCUUCUCUUUUAAAUAUUGGAGCUUUACAGGCCAAAGAAGAAAAUUGUGAUUAUAUUGCUUUACAUGAUAUAGAUAUUGUUCCUCUAAAUCCAGCAUUAAAUUAUAAUUAUCCAGGAGAAGGACAAUUAUUUCAUAUAACACCUGGGAAAUAUCAUCCAAUAAAAAGGUAUGAUUAUAAAAGUUAUAUUGGAGGUGUUCUCUUAAUUACAUUAGAUGAUUUUAUCAAAAUAAAUGGAAUGUCAAAUAAUUUUUGGGGUUGGGGACUAGAAGAUGAUGAAUUCUUUCAAAGAUUGAGAGAAGCAGGAUUGUCAAAGAACAUAACAAGACCUGAUGGAUUAAAUACUUCGCGUUCAAAUACUUUUUUACAUAUACACAACAAGAGCGAUAAAAGAGAUUAUGUUCAGGCGGAUUACAAGAAAAAGAGAAGAAGAGGUCGUGAUCGUCUGUCAGGCUUGUCAAAUUUAAAUUAUACUUUAAUAUCUAAAUAUCAAACAAAAAUUAAUCAAACAAACAUUUUAAUAAUUAAUAUAAAAUUAUUUUGUAAUUUUAACGAAUUUCCUGAAUGUUUAAAAAAAUGA